UUCUGUAUAUGAGUGUAUGACUGCCAUCCCCGAACACAUUGUCCCAUCCUGCCCCGCGGAGGCUGCAGAGACCAGAGCUGGGAGAUAACAAGCAGGCCAUUAUCUGAUCAGCUGAGAUCCGCACUGCUGGGUUCCGUUAUCCAUUCAGCUCACAAUGUUUCUACCACUGAGCCUGCUGCUCAGUUUGGCGUUGGCCGUCAGCUCUUUUCCAGUUGAUCCGGAGGAUAAUGGAAAGCACUGGGUGGUGCUGGUUGCCGGGUCCAAUGGCUGGUACAACUACAGACAUCAGGCCGAUGUGUGCCACUCUUUUCAGAUAAUCAAGAAAAAUGGUAUUCCUGAUGAACAGAUUAUCGUUCUGAUGUACGAUGACAUUGCAGAGAACGAGGAAAAUCCAACUAAAGGAAUUAUCAUUAACCGACCCAACGGGACAGAUGUCUAUGCUGGGGUCCUAAAGGAUUAUACAGGGGAGAAUGUCACCCCCGGUAACUUCCUUGCUGUCCUGAAAGGAGAUGCUGAAGCUGUAAGUGGGAUUGGAUCAGGCAGAGUGCUUAAGAGUGGCCCUAAUGAUCACAUCUUUGUAUACUUCACGGACCAUGGGGCAGAAGGCCUGCUGGCUUUCCCUAAUGACGAUCUGUAUGCCAAAAAUCUGUCGGAUACCAUUCAGUACAUGCAUGACAAUAAAAAGUUCAAAAAGAUGGUAUUUUACAUUGAGGCCUGCGAGUCUGGCUCGAUGAUGAAGGAUCUUCCAAAUAACAUUAAUGUUUAUGCAACCACGGCAGCAAAUCCCCAUGAGUCGUCUUAUGCGUGUUACUUUGAUGAAAAGCGGAAUACCUACCUGGGCGACGAAUACAGUGUCAACUGGAUGGAAGAUUCUGAUGAGGAAGAUCUGACCAAAGAAACUCUGCAUCGACAGUUUGCACUGGUGAAAAAUCGCACACAAAAAAGCCACGUCAUGCAGUAUGGAAACAAGACCAUUUCCUUGAUGAAGGUUAAGCAGUUCCAGGGAAGCAACAACAACUUCGCUCCACGUCUAAACCUGGAACCUGUGAAGAACAGAGACCUGAUCCCAAGUCCCGACGUUCCCAUGGAGAUCCUGAAAAGAAGACUUUUUGCCACAAAUGAUGUUGUGGAGGCCAGGAAUAUUGCAGCAGAGAUGAAGUCACUCCAAGAGGCCAAACAGUUGAUUAAGCAAUCAGUGGUGAAGAUUGUGAACCUGGUGACAGAGUCCAGCGAGCUGGCAGAAGAUAUCAUGAACGAUCGGGUCGGCCACAGGGACCACACCUGCUACAUUGGGGCAGCCGAACACUUUAAACAUAAUUGCUUUAAUUGGCACUCACCUCUGUAUGAAUAUGCCUUGAGGGAGCUCUUUAUUCUGGCGAACAUGUGUGAAGCUGGAUACCCACUGGAAAGAAUCCAAAAAGCUAUGGAUGAAGUGUGCGUGGGCUGGUAUUGAAACUUCUAGCAAGACAGUCCACACCUCCUACUGCGUGAAGAACAGACACUGCUGCUAAAUUGAUUAUUCUUCCUGUGUGUGCUUUACAGAAUAUUGCACAAUCAAAGAGUUUAAAUGCAGAUCUACAAAUAGUUUUAAAUCUCAGAUUCACUAAAAGCUGAACGUUAAAGAAAUGGACAUUUUAAGGCAAGGGUCGAAACCACUACAGCAUUGCAACCAAAGGAAAGUAACUGACCUUUUUCAUGGAGAAGAGUCAAUCUACUGGACCGACGAGGUGAGAAGAUCAGAGAGAGACCCAAAUCGUGUCUACUCUUCUGGGUUUCGUAUCGGAGCCGUAUGACUGAUCGUUAACCUUUCUAGUAGUUCCAGCAUAGUGGGGGAUGAAUUGCAUUGCAUGACUCCGCCUCCUGCGAUUUAAUGUUAAAACCCAGUUUCUCUGCUUAACAGACUGACUUGGCCAGUUUUCACAAUAAUCCUACUUCCCUACAGAAACAACUGUUUGAUUUUAAUAGAAUUUUUGUUUGUAGAUGGAAAAAAUCAGCUGUUUUUAUUUGGAUUUUAUUUUAAAUUCAUUUUUUUAAAACAAGUUUUGAUUGAGUAACAGGUCUUUAUAUUCAAGAUUAUGGAACUAGUUAACAGGUUAACUUUUUCUGAUGGUGCCCCCGUUUGCUGGAAGGGCCAGAAUGUGAAAAAUAUCAAUCAAUGCCUUUUGUUAUUAACCCCUUUGUAGCUGAAAAUGUAGGGGGUUAAUAUAAAUAAAUAAAAUGUUUCACAUUUGACAAAAACCUAAA